AUGCACAUCCUCUCUUGGAACUGUCGGGGAUUGGGGAGUCCCGAGGCAGUUAAUGCGCUCCGGCGUAUUGUAGUAAAUGAAGAUCCUCAGGUAGUCUUUCUACAAGAGACUAAAUUACACCAACAUGAAUUAGAGAGAGUGAAAAUGAAGUUGAAGUAUUCGGGUUUGCUAGUGGUGGGCUGUGAGGGACAAGGUAGGAAGCAUCGAGGUGGGUUGGCGCUGGUGUGGAAACGGGAGGUACAAGUCUCAGUUACCUCUUAUUUACAAAAUCACAUUGAUGUCAUGAUGACUUAUAAGGGGCAGCCACCUUGGAGAUACACUGGAAUAUAUGGACAUCCGGAGGAAAGCAAGAAAGGGCAAACAGGGGAGUUAUUAAGAACGCUCUUUGAUGAUGAAAAUGUCCCUUGGUUGUGUGGAGGAGACUUGAACUUAAUGUUGUGGUCGACGGAGAAACAAGGAGGAGGGGCGUUUAAUUUUGAGGAGGCGAAUAUAUUGAGACAAGCCAUGGACCACUGUAAACUUGAGGAUAUGGGGUUCAUUGGUCACCCUUUCACAUGGACGAAUAAUCGGGGAGGCUUGGAAAAUCUUCAAGAGAGGCUGGACAGGAACGAACGGGUAGGUUCCGUAGGGAAAAAACGCAGGAAAAAAUUAUAUCGAUUUGAGAAAAUCUGGUUGCGAGAUGAGAAGUGUAUGGAGAUUAUUCAAGAUGUGUGGCGGCAGGAAGAGGAUGCUUGUAGGAAUAUAGGGUGGACGGCAACAAAACUCAGAUCGUGGAGUAAACAAACGUUCGGUAACCUUGCUAAGGUCCUGCGAGAUCUCAAAGGUCAAAUGCAAACCUUAAUGCAAGAGAAUCAAAUUCAAGAAGUUAUUGAUAGGUAG